AUGGCUGCAAUCUCGACUCAGAGCGUCGCUGCCGCUGGCAAGCUUGACACUCCCGUUGCCAAUGGGCUGUCAUUCGAGCCCUUUGAUCUCCCCGCCAGCAAUCAGCGUACCCUCGGCGAGCCCCAUCAGCCAAACACUGUCAUCCCACUAGCAUUGCAGCCAUCCAACAAUCACACUGGUGCCUCCUCGGUCUCUCUCGAUGCGGCCGUCGACACCAUCAGGACCCUCCAACAGAACAACGGCACCUUGACCGACCUUCUCGCACGCCACGGCACCCUCCUCUUCCGCGGCCUGCCAAUUCAUUCUGCACAGGACUUCUCUAAGUUCGCCCACGCGUUCGGCUAUAAGCCGCACGAGAUCAUUGGCAUCGUCGUCAACAGACCCCUGCUGGCACCGAAUGUAGCACCCGCCAACGAAGCUCCCAAGGAGGUCCUAAUCUACAACCACAACGAAUCUCCUCAGGUACCCCAUGCUCCAGAGUACAUCUUCUUCUACUGCCACCGCGCACCCACGAUUGGCGGCGAGACUCCCAUCUCUUCUUCCGUAGAGCUCUUUCACCGUGCCAAGCAGGCCAUUCCCGACUUCAUCGACAAUCUCGCCGCCAAGGGCAUCCUUAGCAAGGUCACGUACAAGGUCGAAAAGCAAUACGCGGGCGGCUCAACCCUAGCUCAAGCCUUCGGCAAAGACAUUGUCGAAGGCGACGACGAAGCUACGCAACGGAAAAAGAUUGAGGCACAGAUUGCGCGCUACGGCCGUGGCGAUCACACCACCUGGGAAUGGUCCGACGAUGGACAGACCCUGACUCUCACGCACCGGUUACCUGCUAUCAGAACCCAGCCGGGCACCGAGCUCCCGACCUUGUUCUCGGCCCUCGCAGCUUACUAUAAGAAUGCGCAGAUCAACAAUCUGACCGCGCAGGCGAGGAAGAAUGCGGUCUCGCAGGUGUACGGAGAUGGUAGCCCGAUCCCAGAGGUGUACCUCCAGAAGCUGAGCGAGAUCACGGACGAGAUCAGGGUGUUGCAUAAGUGGCAGCAAGGGGAUGUGUUGGUGUAUGACAACGUUAUUGCUCAGCAUGGACGACAACCUUGGGGUGGUGAGCAGGAGGAUCGUGUUGUGCUUGCGUCGUUAUUUGAUGGGACUGUGCCAGGGCCAUUCGGGUCGCAGGACUGGGAGAAGUUGGUACAAGCGGCUGAGACAGCGAUGUAUUGA